AUGCGUCAGCAGGGCGGGGGGAAGAUCGUGAACGUCUCCUCGGUGCUGGGGCCUCACCCGGUGCCGGCGGUCUCGGCCUACGCGGCCUCGAAAGCAGCGGUGAUCGCUUUCACCCGCUCGAUCGCGCUGGAAGUGGCGACCGAGGGGAUCCAGUGCAACGUGCUGGCCCCGGGGUACCUGCAAGGGCCUAAAAACGAGGACUACUUCGCCUCGAAAUCGGGGCGUGCCUUCAUCAGACGGUUCAUGCCCGGUGGGGCCCCGGGGGUGGCUGAGGAUCUGGUCGGCCCUGCGGUGUUCCUGGCCUCAGCGAUGUCGGGACACGUGACCGGACAGGUGCUGGUCGUCGAUGGCGGCUACAGCAUCUGGUGA